AUCACCCUUCGCUCUACUUCUUUCGGACGGUCCUGCAGAAGACUAGCACCAUUUCAUUUCUCCGUGGAAAACGAAGGAGUUGCACGAACCGAGGGGAAAACGACUAAUAAAACCAAGAAAGCAACUCUCAAUGCCACACGAAAGGCGAGAAACCCCGCACGGCUAUUUUCAGUAAGAGCAUUUCUGUGUUCACGAGCGAGAGAGAAAGAAAGGCAGAGGUGAACGGAAAUUACGCCGGAGCUGCAGCCGUGCGAGGCUUUCUGUAGCAGGUAGUUUCUCAUUGGAUGUGUGUUAUGUUUUUUUAAACUGCUAGAUUAAAGUGACAAAAGCUGGGUGAUGAACACGAGGCGCCCUCCCGGAUAAAUCGCAAAGCAUGGCAAGAACGCUCCUCUCCGAAGAAGCAGGUGUAUUCCGCCAAGUGAAGGCGCAGGACGCAGAACAGCAGCGACGCACAGCCGCCUCUGGACCGUAAUCACCUGCUCCAAAGGAAAACACCCCAUUCUAAGACACUGUGGCUCUUAACCUGCGUAUCAUCGUCAGAAUAACUAGAUUUUCUCUCAACUUAAAUCUCGUCUGCUAACCAGGAGGAUGAGAGUGCCGUGACACAGCGGGACGCAUUUGGAAAAUUCUGUACUGACAGGAAGAAAAAGUCAAGGAUUGUUCUGUUGGCUUUUUUUGUUUUUAUUUUGCAGCUCACUCUUAUUAAGGACAAAAUUAUCUGCAAGGAUGGCCGGGGCACUCUUCUCAGUGGACUCAGUCUACAUCGGAAUGGAGGUGGUAAUUGCUGUGGCGUCUGUAAUCGGGAAUGUGAUGGUGGUCUGGGCGGUGAAGAUUAAUAAAUCGUUGCGAGAUACCACGUUUUGUUUUAUUGUCUCCCUGGCUCUGGCGGAUAUUGCAGUGGGAGCACUCGUCAUCCCUUUGGCCAUUACUAUCAACAUCGGACUCCAAACUCACUUUUACAGCUGCCUGCUUGUGGCGUGCACGGUGCUGGUCCUGACGCAAAGUUCGAUCCUGGCCCUCUUGGCUAUUGCAAUUGACCGCUAUCUCAGGGUCAAAAUCCCGACCAGGUAUAAGCGGGUGGUGACCCCUCGGCGAGCGGCACUGGCAGUCGUGAUAUGUUGGACGGUAGCGUUUAUUGUGGGACUCACACCCAUGUUAGGCUGGAACAACCUGAAGCGCUGCCAGGAGAACGGCUCCAUCAGCUCCGACCUCAUUACCACGUGCAAGUUUGAAAAUGUCAUCAGCAUGGACUACAUGGUCUAUUUUAACUUUUUCGGCUGGGUGCUCCCACCUCUGCUGCUCAUGCUGUUCAUCUACGCAGAAAUCUUCUACAUGAUCCACAAGCAGCUUAACAAUAAGAAACUGAACACCAGUCACGCAGACCCCAACAGGUACUAUGACAAAGAGCUGAAUCUUGCUAAAUCCCUUGCUCUUGUCCUCUUUCUCUUUGCUGUGAGUUGGCUCCCCCUCCACAUCAUCAACUGCAUCACACUCUUUUGUCCUGAGCGUAACAAGCCCAAAGUCGUCCUCUACAUUGCCAUCCUGCUCACCCACGGCAACUCUGCGGUCAACCCAAUUGUCUACGCUUUCCGCAUUAAGAAGUUUCGCUCAGCCUUCCGGAAAAUCUGGCAGCAGUACUUCUGCUGCAAGGACACAUCGGCUCUGGAGACCCAGGCCAGUGACAGGAAAGAGAUGCCAACGUUAGACCUACAGCAGGCAACACCGCCUCUUUCUCCACAGACAGAAAUCCCUAAACCCCAGCCUCUGUCUGAGCAAAACCAGAAGGCCGAAUCACCUCAAAAACAUAAAGGACAAUCAUCCUUACUGGGGCAGAAUGCAGCCUAAGCAAAGGAUAGAGCUGAUGCCUGGAGAAGUAAUGAUCAGUGGGCAAAGCAUAUGCUCUCUCCUUGUCUAAUGUGUAACAUGCAUUGUUACACAGGGCUACAAUGCUUAGCGGAAGGGAGCCAGUUAAAUCACUGGAUGAGCAAUUGUCUUCACUCAGGAGGAGUGUAUAUGCUGAAAGUUUGAUCAGAGAGAGGGAAAGAAAGGUUGCAUAUAAUCGUGAAAUAAUGGAAGUCUUUUUCUGACAGUGACUGUUGGUUUAUCUUAGUAACAAACUGAGAACACUGAGCUUUAACUGUUUUAUUCAAUUUGGUGGAACAGUUGGUGGAAACAUUACAAGAUGUGCAAUAUAAGUUAUUGUGGUUGGUCAGUAUGAGAUAAUCAGAUAUUACAACUUUCUUAAACGUUUAUAUAUUCAAUGGAGGCGGCAACUCUUACUACUCCAUAACUGUGUGUAAGUUUAAAGUGACAGUGGCUAAAAAUAUAUGAAUGUAAUAAUGUAAAUAUGGGACUAAAAGCAGCACAGCUGUGAAUGAGCAUAUCUUCUUCAGGGUCUUCACUGGGCAACAAUGUGUAGUGUGUUAUCAUGGAAAGGUUUUUUAUAACCCCUUAACUCCUUUAUGCAGGAGCUCAACCCCCCCCCCCUCCCCCCCGUCAUUCAGCAGUAUCAAUCUAUAGCAGAAGGAGCGACGAAGAGGGAUUAAAAAAGUAGCAGAUGGACCAACAAGAGCUUUUAGGUGUUGCAUGCAAGAGACUUGAAGAAGGAAGACAGCAAGUCACCUGGGAAAAACUCAAGAUGCACUUAAAGCUCCUCCUUGAGUGGAUCUCUUCCUGCCAGCCUCUUUUAUCUGGUAGUAAGAGUGGGGUUUCCCUUUUUACAUUAAUAACAACAUUAUCACAUCUCAACACCAGAGUAGCAGCCAUGGCCUUAUUCAUUAUCUGAACUGGUGUGGGCUCCACUUUUAACUGACCCAGAAAUGACAACCUGAAGAUGGUGAGUAUGUACUACGCUGUAAGAUGAACUUUUUUCGCAUUAGCUUAGUAAUGUAAGUAUGGUAAAUGCCACUGACUUAAAGACUGUGUGAGAAUGUAAACUAACUUUCUUUUGUCUCUGGAAAAGACUAAGAGGUGGGAUAAGACACUGACAUUCUCCUAAACUGGUGACAAUCUCUUCUGUAAGGUUAAGGCAUUUCUAUCACUGUCUUAAACAUCUGACAGGCAGGAGCAGACAGUGAAGCUGUUUGAUUGACUGAAAAGACAGGAUCAACAGAAACAGUAAAGCACUCCACCCAUGUGAAAUGCCUACAAAGUAGAGGCUGGGUGGGUUGUAAAUACAUACAUUUAAGGGAAAAGUGGAUGAAUAAAUGUUUAAAGAUGUGUCUUUUUUUAGUUAAUGCAAUUUACAACCUGGGUUUACAGCUCUGAUUAGCACUGAAUAGUGAAAUAUACAUGUUUGUGUCAUGAUUUUAUGUUUUUUAAUAAAAUGUAUAAUUCCUAGUCCGAAUGUUAUUACUGAGCACAGUGUCUAUGUGCUCUAUGAUAUAUGGUUAUAAAGUAAAAAGCAUUUUCAGCAGUAAAUAUGAUUUUUUUUUAAAACUUAAA